UAAACAUACCCAGCUCCCUAAGCCGUUCCUCAUAAGGCAUCGUUUCCAGGCCUUUGACCAUUUUGGUUGCCCUCUUCUGGACACGUUCCAGCUUAUCAGUAUCCUUCUUGAACUGUGGUGCCCAGAACUGGACACAGUACUCCAGGCUAAACAUACGCAGCUGCCUCAACCCUUCCUCAUAAGGCUUGGUUUCCAGACCCUUGAUCCUCUUGGUCACCCUCCUCUGAACACCUUCCAGCUUGUCCACAUCCUUCUUAAAUGGUGGCUCCCAGAACUGGACACAGGACUCCAGGUGUGGUCUGACCAAGGCAGAAGAGAGUGAUACGGUUACUUCCCUUGAUCUAGGCAGGUCCUCCCAAGUUUCCCAGUACUUACCUGCUGGAUUUGCUAGCAGUUCUCAUAAGGACAGACGGAACUUGGCAGAAGACCAAGGGUUCCUUCCAAUCUCUUGGAGGCUUCCUGAGAGCCCAGAUGGAUGAACAAGACUCAGCUGGCCCUGAAGCAGGAAGAGGCCAUGCCAUCGAAACUGAGAGCAGUGAAGGAUUCUGGGAAAGCUCCAUGCAGAAGAUCCUGGGUGAGGAGGACACUCUCCAUUCAGAUGUGCAGAGCCAGCUGUUCAGGCAGUUCUGCUACCAGGAGGCCAAAGGACCCCGUGAGGUUUGCAGCCAACUCCACCACCUUUGCCAUCAGUGGCUGAAGCCAGAAAGGCACACAAAAGCUGAGAUGCUGGACCUGGUGAUAUUGGAGCAGUUCCUGGCUGUCCUUCCACCGGAGAUGGAGAUCUGGGUGAGGGAAUGUGGAGCGGAGACCAGUUCCCAGGCGGUGGCCCUGGCUGAAGGUUUCCUCCUGAGUCAGGCAGAGGAGAGGAAGGAGGCAGAGCAGCAGGGAAAGGAUCCGUUUGCAGAAGUGGGCCCAGAUUCCUUUGAGACAGAGAGGACUCCGUUGGACACCAGAGAGAGGCCACUGGAUGACAGAAGGAUGCCAGCAAAACCUCCUCAUCCAUCUUUUCAUGGUAGCGGAGAGGAAGCAGUGGCUGUAGAACCAGAUGCGGGUCCAGUGUGCUUUGAAGAUGUAGCUGUUCAUUUCACAGAUGAGGAGUGGGCAUUGCUGGAUCCUGGCCAGAGAGCUCUGCAUAAAGAACUAAUGGAGGAGAAUCAUAGGAUCAUGGUCUCUCUCAGUGCUGAAGAAUUGCAAAUGAAGAAUGAGGAAGACCCCGACAGAAUGCGCAGAGAGGAGAAGCCGCUUAAAUAUUCGGGGUCUGGAAAGAGAUUCAGUCAAAGCUCCCACUCCACUUCCAGUCUAACAAAUCCCUUGGGGAAAAAACUCUAUCAGUGUUUGGAAUGUGGAAAGAACUUCUGUCGGAAAUCCCGCCUCACUUACCAUCAAGUAACUCACAGUGGGGAGAAACCAUAUCAGUGUUUACAAUGUGGAAAGCGCUUUAGUUGGAAGAGAAGUUUCAAUUCCCAUCAAAAAAUUCAUACAGGGGAGAAACCCUAUCAGUGCUUGGAAUGUGGGAAGAGCUUCAAACGGAAGGAUGCUUUAACUUUCCAUCAAAGAAGCCAUACAGGGGAGAAACCCUAUCAGUGCAUGGAAUGUGGAAAGAGCUUCAGCCGGAAACAUAGUCUGACUUUCCAUCAAAGAAGCCAUACAGGGGAGAAACCCUAUACGUGCUUGGAAUGUGGAAAGAGCUUCAGUCAGAGGGCCAGUCUCACAGUCCACCAGAGAAUUCAUACAGGGGAGAAACCAUACAAGUGCUUGGAAUGUGGGAAGGAGUUCUAUGGGAAGAAUAUGCUCACUUCUCAUCAAAAAGUUCAUACAGGGGAGAAACCCUAUCAGUGCUUUGAAUGUGGAAAGGGUUUCCGUCACAAGGGUGAGCUCACUGUCCAUCAAAGAAUUCAUACAGGUGAAAAACCAUAUCAGUGCAUGGAAUGUGGAAAAAGCUUCACUCAGAAAUCCAGUCUCACCUCCCAUCAAAGAUUCCAUACAGGGGAGAAACCAUAUGAGUGCUUGGAGUGUGGAAAGAAGUUCAGUUGGAAGACAAUGCUCACUUCCCACCAAAUGAUUCACACAGGGGAAAAUCCCUAUCCGUGCUUGGAAUGUGGGAAGAGCUUCAAUCGGAAGGAUAGUCUCACCCUCCAUCAAAGAACUCAUACAGGGGAAAAACCGUAUCAGUGCUUGGAAUGUGGAAAGAGCUUCACUCAGAGAGCAGGUCUCAUGUACCAUAAAAGAACUCAUACAGGAGAAAAACCAUAUCAGUGCUUGGAAUGCGGAAAGAGCUUCACUCACAGAGCUGGUCUCAUGUCCCAUCAAAGAUUCCAUACAGGGGAGAAACCAUACGAGUGCUUGGAAUGUGGAAAGAGGUUCAGUUGGAAAAAUAUGCUCACUUCCCACCAAAUGAUUCACACAGGGGAGAAUCCCUAUCCAUGCUUGGAAUGUGGGAAGAGCUUCAAUCGGAAGGAUAGUCUCACUUCCCAUCAAAGGAUUCAUACAGGGGAGAAACCAUAUCAGUGCUUGGAAUGUGGGAAGAGCUUCACUCAGAGAGCAGGUCUCAUGUACCAUCGAAGAAUUCAUAUGAGGAGAAACCAUAUCAGUGUAUGGAAUGUGGAAAGAGGUGUAGUCAAAGGACCAGUUUCACUUCUCAUUGAGUAACUCACAGUGGGAAGUAACUACCUCAGUGCAUGGAAUGGGGAAAGAGUCUCAGUCGGAAGAAUAGUCUUACUUCUCAUUGAAGAGUAGAAACCAUAUAGGUGCAUGGAAUAUAGAAGGAACUUCAAUCUGAGGGCAAGUCUCACUUCACAACAAAGAACUCACGGGCAAAAACCAUAUAUGUGUGUGGAAUGUGCUUCACCUGGAAGGAAACUCUCAGUUCCCAUGAAAUAAUUCAAACAGGGAAGAAACAUACCAGUGCAUGGAAUGCAGAAAGGGCUUCACCCAGGAUCAAAGCCUCACCAUCAAAGAAUUCAUAUGUUGGAAACCAUAGAAAUGCUUGUAAUGUGAAAUGAGCUUCUGCCGUAGCUCCAAUUUCACUUUCCAUCAAGAAACUCACAAUGAGGAGAAUCAUAGAGUGUCUGAAUUAUAGAGUUAUAGCAUUUGAGAGGACUCUGUGUGUUGUCUAGUCCACCCACCUGGAAUGCAGGAAUCUCCACUAUGGCAGAUGAGCAUGCAACCUCUUCUUAAAAACCUCCACGGAAGGAGAACCCACCACCUUCUGAGGCAGCCUGUUCCGCCCUUGAAGAGCUCUUACCUGUAGAAGGUUCUUCCUUCCUGAUGUUUAGCCUGAUUCGCUUUUCUUGCAACUUGCAUCCAUGACUCUUCCAGAGCAGCACAAAACAGACUUUCUUCAUCUUGUCCCCUCUUCCAUGAGACAGCCCUUGAGAUAUUUGAAGAUGGCUAUCAUAUCUCUUCUCAGUGUCUUCUUUUCCAGGCUGACCAUUCCUCACAAGGCUUGGUUUCCAGACCCUUGAACGUCUUGGUCACCCUCCUCUGCACCCAUUCCAGUUUGCUUGUUUUCUGUUCCUGUUCCAUGGUGUCAGGGACUGGGCAGAGGGGGACAGGUGGAGACCGCCUCCCCAGCCUGACCCUUCCAGAGAAGAAGAAGACAGUUCAGAAUUUCAACAGGGGUUUGAGGGAGGUCACAGCUCAGAGGCAGAUGAGGGGGAAAGCUGGGAAAUAAGGGGAGAUGAGGGGGAAGAGGAAUCACCAGGAGAGGAAUAGCUGACAGACAGUGUCUUUAGAAAGCACUCGGGACAUCACCAUUAGUCCAAGGGGCUGCGUUCUAACCCUCUUGUCUGUAAAUAUUGAAUAAAAAGCAGAUGGUAAGGACUUUUCCUUGUCUGUUCCUGGCAACCUGCUGUGGGGGCUGUUUCCUCUGCCGCCUGACACGUAGACUAGUCUGACUUUUAUUGUAUGUUGAAAAAUUCCAAUAAAUUUUCUUCCACCCUCA